AUGAAGCAUUUGCAAUUUGUGCUCGUUUUGGCCAUCGCAGUCAACGUGUGGGAAUGUGGAGACGCAAAAUUCGGCGAGAGGGGAGAGAUUAGCCCCAGGAGAAGGAGAUGUUACGACGGAAGCAUGCCCAAACGCCUGAAGAAGAGGGAGAGAAAAGUGUUGCUGGACGGCGGCAGCAGCGGAGAAGUUUGUCACAGGUUGUAUCCCCGUGUGUCCUGCUGUCCCACCAGGAGAGCCGCCUAUCAGAUACUCCACCGGAGGGAUGCCAGGAUUUUCUCCACCAAUAACACGGAAUGUGGACGUCUGCUGGAGGAGAUCAAGUGUGCUCGCUGCUCGCCCAACGCCCAGGUGCUGUUCCACUCUUUGGACAUGGAUAAGAUGCCACACAGGGAACCAGACCUGCCGCGGCUCUGCCAGGACUUCUGCCGUGAAUUCUACUACACAUGCAGGGGCCACAUACCAGAACUGUUCCAAGCCGAUGUGGAUGAGUUCUGCCAAUACUAUGGGAGGAGAGAUGGCAGUUCAUGCUUUCCAGAUUUUCAACGAAAGCAACCACGGGGGCAAGAUUCCAACUACUUGGGAGACGAGAAAAUAGAAGAUAUCAGCAGGAAACACAAGCACAACUGCUACUGUGCCCAAGAGGUGUUGAGUGGCCUGAGGCAGCCGGUGGCCGUGGUGCACUGUGGGGAUGGUUCCCAGCGCCUCUUUGUCCUGGAGAGGGAAGGAAUCGUCAGGGUACUCACCCAUGAGCUUGAGCUGCUUAAAGAGCCUUUCCUGGACAUCCACAAGCUGGUGCAGAGCGGCCUGAAGGGCGGAGAUGAAAGGGGCCUGCUAAGCCUAGCAUUCCACCCCAAUUACAAGAAGAAUGGCAAGCUCUACGUCUCCUACACCACCAACCAAGAACGCUGGGCCAUUGGACCACACGACCACAUUCUCCGUGUGGUUGAAUACACCAUUUCGAGGAAAAACCCCAACCAGGUGGACACCAGGACUGUGCGUGUACUGAUGGAGGUGGCAGAGCUGCACAGGAAGCACCUAGGAGGCCAGCUACUGUUUGGUCCUGAUGGCCUGUUGCACAUCAUCCUAGGAGACGGCAUGAUCACCCUGGAUGACAUGGAGGAGAUGGAUGGACUCAGUGAUUUCACAGGGUCCGUCCUAAGGGUCGACGUGGAUACAGACUGUUGUACGUCACCCUACUCCAUACCCCGGAACAAUCCCUACUUCAACAGCACCAACCAGCCACCUGAAAUCUUCGCUCAUGGACUGCAUGACCCAGGCAGGUGUGCGGUGGAUCGCCAUGAAAUGGACAAUGGGACUCUCCUCAUUUUGUGUACAGAUGCCAGCGGCAAAAACGCAUCAGCAGGGCGAAUACUGGAGAUUGUGAAGGGGAAAGAUUACGAAAACGAGCCAUCCAUCUAUGACCUCCAGUCCAGCGGAGGGUCACCACCUGUGGGUGGCUUCAUCUACAGAGGGUGCCAGUCUAGAAGACUCUAUGGCAGUUAUGUGUUUGGAGACAGAAAUGGUAAUCUGCGGAUCCUCCAGAAGUCUUCACUGUCAACAUCAGCAAGUGGUGAAAAGUGGCAGGAGAAAGCUCUGUGUCUGGGCUCAACCAGCUCCUGUGGCUCCACGCUUGUGGGACAUAUCUUGGGCUUUGGAGAGGACGAACUGGGUGAGGUCUACAUCCUGGCAAGCAGUAAAAGCAUGGCACAGUCACACAGUGGGAAACUCUACAAACUGGUGGAUCCCAAAAGGCCUCAGGUCCCUAAGGAGUGCCAGCGUCAGGUGGAGCCUCCAGAGCUGCUGAUGACAGCUUGUUCCAGACACUGUAAGAACGGACACUGCACUCCCACUGGCAAGUGCUGCUGCAGCCCGGGCUGGGAGGGGCCCUUCUGCAGAGUCGCAAAAUGUGAACCAGGCUGCCGCAAUGGAGGCGUGUGUGUGGAGCCCAACAAGUGCCUGUGUAAGAGCGGCUACUCCGGGGCCCAGUGUGAGAAGGGCGAGCGGGGUAUGCCCAACGACCAGGAGAAAGACGGCAUACUGGACCACAUAAUCGACAUGACCUCGUACCUGCUGGAUCUGACCAGCUACAUUGUAUAGGGGUGCGCAGAGGGGGUCUGCUCCCCACCACCGCCCCGAAGCUGACACAAAUCUACCUACCACCACCAGCAGACUCUAAGGAGGUGUCCUAGGGCCUCUCAGUCUCCCUCACACCCGCACAGGCAUGCAUACACACACACACAGGUGCACACAGGAUCUCCUUUUGGACUGUUUCCACAUCCACAUCGCCAUACCAAACUCUUCCUCUUUUGCCUAUAAGCUACUUGCUCUUGAGCACCGAGCCUGGCAUCCGAGGCAUGUUCACAUUUCAAGAGACCUGCGGACAGCAGCGAGAUGAUUGACAAGCAUGGCGUAGUUAUGGAAGUUAUACCAAGACAUUUCCUGUCUCAGUCAGAAACGCCCUCCACACGGCCGACUCCACAUUAGAACAACACUCCUGCUGAGCCACCGAGGAGACCCCACAGAGUCUCCACAUUUUAACUCAAGACUUUGGAUUUGUUUCCGAGGGGUGUUACAGAAGACCCCCAAAAAUGGAGUUUGGGACAUUUCAGUAGAGAGCUUGUCCACUAGUUCUCUCAAGAUUAAUCAGUCUAAGGAGUGGCGAUGUUUGAGUUGAAGACCAAAUUUUGCGCUUCUGGUCUUUUUAUCCAUUUAAAACAAAGCAAAAGAAAUGUCUAUAUAUUCACAGACUUUGAAGGAACACUCAGCUUCUUGAUGUCAGUCAUACAGUGAUACUGAAAAAAACUGAGAAGUUCAUGAGAAAUGUGUGUCAUGUAGGGCACAUGGUCCCUUGUGCUAUACUAUUCGAAAGGCACUAAUACAAGAGAGGUGAACCAUGUUGUCUCACAGUUAUGAGGUUGAGGUUUUAUUUAGUUUGUGGGCACAUUUGUCAUAAAGCUAUAACGAUAUAUGUAUACAUUGGUAUAGAUUUACUCACUUACUAUCAGUGUACAGAACGGAUCUACAGCAGAAGACUGUUAUCUUCUUCGAAACAGUAGCGACUGAGUGAGCACGUUGUACUUCUUCUGUCAAAGCCAGUUUCACACAAUCUGAAUGGAGUUACCAGCUCCCAUGCACUGUAUUCAUUUUUUUUUCGUUCAGUUUAGCAAGUUAAAAGAAUUUUAACAGCUAUUGGGAUGCAAUAACAGCAAUUUCAUAUUCACACACACACACACACACACACACAUACAUACACUCAAUAACACAGAUAUAGUUCAACAAACUGGUUCAACAAACCUUUCAUUGUCUCACACACUGAACCUGAACUCAAACUUCAUUUGCUAUAAAGGGAAGAGAGAGCAUGGUGAUGUAUAUUUCCGAUAGAGCUUACCUAAGUACUACUUAGCAUCACAAAAUACUAUAGCAUUACUAUUGUUAUCAUAGAGGAGGGUUUAUUUUUUUAAGCGUAAUAAUAUAUGGGAGAGAAUGGUGUUUAUAGAAAGCAGUUUUACACUAAGCUUGUAAAUUCAUGUCAUUUCAUGUUCUUUUUCUUAUACAUAUGCAGUUUUUUUCCACUGUUAAGAAAGACACGUGAGGACACAAGUAUUUUUUAGAUUUUUUUUUUCCUGUGUUAAAUUAAUGCAUGUCUAUGCCUGCAUAGCGUAGUUCAGAGCAGUUGGCUGAAUCCGUGUAAUUCCCUUCCCUGACAUGUGGUUUCAUUACCACUGUCAGAGCCGUUUCUCUGUUGUGAGAUGAUCAAACAUCCAGUCGGGCCACCAUGUCACUGUGGAAGCAGUUCACAGUCAGAGCCAGAUCUUAUCUAUGGAGAGCAGAUUCAAGAUUAACUCACACAAGGUCUGUCUAAUGCAGAUAGGUUUGAAGAAGAAUUCAGAAAUGUGGUCAAGAUUGAAUGUUACGCUCUAAUGAACAUUGUGGUAUGUCUGACUAAAGGAAAAGAUGAAAUGUCUUUGCGCAGUCAGAAAACAAUUAAACACAGACAUGGAUUGUCUGGAGCCACAGUAAUGUGUUGUUUCUUUUCAGAUGCCUAAAUGGAAGUUCAUACAGACACAACACAUAUACAUGCAUGCCCGCGUCCGCCUAAUUAUUGAUUAGGAACACGACAUUUGAUCUCUUGCCAUUUCAAAUUCCACAGAAUCAGUCUCGACAGAACCGCCAGAGCCGCAACGUUGCACAGCUUUGAGAAGGCAAACAUUUGCGUCUUUGUCCCCCCCCACAGACUCUUUAGUUCAGAGUGAGUUCUUAUUCUUUUCAUGGUUAAAUGAAGUUUAGAAUUCGUAAUGACAAUUGGUGUAUUUGUUGUUCAUCUCCUGCCUCGCUCGUGUUUGUUGAAAUAAAUCAACUCUACCUGGUCUAUUAAGUCAAAAUGGAAUUCAUGCUGUAAAGUGGAAAUUAUAAUUUUUUUUUAGCACUUAAUGUGAAAGUUGCAUUGUAGCUGCUGAGACGGCGUGGUGUGAAUAGAAUAACCAUUUUCAUUAUUUAAGUAGUUACACAAAUAA